CGUACACACACGCGCACACUCACGCACAUUCACACAUGCGUACACACGCACGCACGCGUACAGACACACACACACACGCGCAGCCCACCUUUCACCACAACCCAUAGCCACCACCACCACCACCCACCACCCCACCACCAACCAACCACCAAGCAUGCGCACCCAGGUUCGACUCCCGAUGCGAGCUCAGAGCCAGCCGCAGCCUCCUGCUCCUCCUCGGCUGAUGACCGCCCUGCUGAUGACUGCGAUGCUGCUGAUGAGCGGUGUCGUGGAAGCGUCGUUCGCCUCGCUGCAGCAGCAGCAGCGGGCGAGGCAGCUGGUGGCGGAGCUGGAGGGGUCCCUGGCAGGCACGCUGGAGUUGAUGGCUGGCCCUGCGAACCCGACGGAACAGCAGCAGCAGCAGCAACAGCAGCAACACAGCGACUACGGUGUCAAGUUGUGUGGCAGGGAGUUCAUCCGCGCCGUGAUCUACACGUGCGGAGGGUCUCGGUGGAGGAGGGCCAGGCAGCCGUGGGUCGGUGCGGCUGAGAGCUGGGACGGGCUGUCCGACUCCGAGCUGGACCAGGACGAGGGAGUGGCCAGAGAAUUGGGGGGGGCUGCCAUCGCGGGGGGCCCCCCCGAACCCCCCCCGUGGUGGAUCUCGGCGCCGUCGAUGAGUCGACAGAGGCGAGACUCGGCUGGCGGCAUGGGAGGGGGCCCCGGGGGGGUCCCUCAAGCCAUGGGGCUGGCGGGGCUCUGCUGCAAAUGGGGGUGCUCCAAGGGGGACAUCAGCACCCUCUGCUGAACAUCGGCACCAUCGCCAGGAUCAUCAUCAUCACCAUGGACAUCGCCAUCAUCAUCAACAUGGACACCAUCAUCAUCACCAUGGACACCGUCGUCAUCAUCACCAUGGACAUCAUCAUCAUCGACAGGGACACCAUCAUCAUCAUCAUCGACAGGGACACCGUCAUCAUCAUUGCUACCACCACCAUCAUCAUCAGGGUCGUCCAUAGUAGUGGCCUUCAAACUAAACCGCCAUGGACAUCAUCAUCAUCACCAUGGACAUCAUCAUCAUCGCCAUGGACAUCGUCAUCAUCAUCAUGGACAUCAUCAUCAUCACCAUGGACAUCGUCAUCAUCAUUGCUACCACCACCACCAUCAUCAUCAGGGUCGUCCAUAGUAGGGGCCUUCAAACUAAACCGCCCCCCGCCCCCCCAAAGCGCCGUCUCCCUGAUGAUGACCACCACCACCAUCAUCAUCAUCCUCCUGCUCGUCGUCGUCGUAAUCACUCACUAUUUGUCGGCUGCGCUUGGAGAGCCGGGGGGGAGGGUCUUUUAUCGGCUGCCGGCGUCUUGCACUCAAAGCCGUGAGCGCACGAGCGAGCAGGUCACGCGGUUGAGUCCGUGGACACUCCUCGAACGAAUAAAAAUGAGCCUUAUGGCAGGACCCCGGGGUCCCAUAAGCGCCCCCCCCUCCCCCCCGGCUCUCGCAUAAACUGCGUUGCGACUUCGUUUGACGUCUUUUGAAGGCGAACGACACUGCGAUCUGUUCUUCUCGACGAGCUCAACACGAUGCGCUGACUAAACGUUUCAAAGUUCUGUUCAUGACGACGGCAAAUUUUUGGCCUACGGUGUGU